GUUGUAAAGAAAUGUAUCUUGGUAGACUGAAAAGCACAUGAAAUGUCUACUUGGUUUAUAUUCACAAAAACAAGAGCCUGUCGGGGUUUUUUUGUCCUCCAAUCUCGAGCCUAUUAAGUGGUAAUUUGGUAAAUCCCGUGACACAUAAAAAGUAGGCUACACGUCUGCAAACUGGGUUAAAGCAUAAAGUGUAUCUGUCUUCUCCAUUUCCCCCCUUUCCUCCCUCGCUUCCUCUCCUUCCUUGCGUAAUUGUUUUGAAUGGAGCGGACCCGACAGAAGGCGAGAAAGAGAGCUAGCAGGAGGAAGGAAGCGCAGGAGCGGUGAGCGGGUGGGGGCUUGUGGAGGCGUGUGCUCCGCCGGCCAAUGGCGGAGCGUCUCGACGGCGGGACCGCACAUGUUUACGUGCAGCAUUCCGCCGGUUGAGGCUUGAGCCGAGUCCGUACUGGAGCAUUCCGCAACUGGACGCGGAUCCCUUGAAAGCGCGUGUUUUCAACUAAUUUAACUUACGGCGGGUGCACGACAGCGAAUAGCGUCGAGUAGAAAGGUUUAAACGCGACAAUUGAAGCGAAGUCGUCGACGAGAAGAAGCUUGGUCGACCGGCUUGACGCCAUUUUGCUCCAUCGUGUAAACGUAACAUGGCGGCUAGGCCAGCUCCGCGUUUUCUGGCCGACUUCUCUCCCAGCUAGCGAGGCAGGCAGCGAAAACAAACAGGUCGAAGAAACGAAAAAAAACAGAAGCAGGAGCAAGAUUGGCAGCGGGUUUUGGACGUGGAGAGAAUUGUUUGUCUUGUCUUCACCGCGGAAGUCGGCGAGGACGACGACGGCGUCCGUUCGAGUGUCGAGCUCAACGAGUAUGUUCCCCCUUCCGGACGUUUUGUCAGGGCACCCGCUGCUGCCGCCCCUUGACGUUGUUUACCAGUCCGACAGCUUCAUGCUGUAAAAAUAAAUAAAGAAAAAUCCCUCCCCUUCCUCCGGUAAAUUCGCUUUGGACACCCGCGUAGAGAUGCACACCCGACGCCUGGUGAAGCGCUCCGUCCUCGGCAGCCGAGUGUACGCGCCGAGCCCGACCGGCGACGGCGCUCCGGUGACCGGAGUGGUCCAGGCUGUCAAGCAGGAGAGCGGCGGGGACGCGGGGGCCCGGCGUGGCGGAAACACCAGCAGCGUCUACACCGUGCUCCUGCCGGACGGCAGCCUGAAGGAGUUCGCGGAGGACGAGAUAGCCGCUGCCGGCUUGAACCACGCGAAGGGGACGCUCAAGCCCAGCUUGAAGAGCUCCAUUAACGGAGGCCCAGAAGGGCAAAAGGCGGACGGCCCUGAGACGACGACGGCGGAGAGCGACCACCGCGAGACAAACGGCAAACGAAUGGACCCCUGUCGGUCGGUGUCCCUGCUGGAACAGAAGCGCAAGGUUGUCUCCUCCAGCAUCGACGUCCCCCACGCCAGACGGUCAGAGGAGGAAGUGGAUAUGGACAAGGUGACGGCCGCCAUGGUUCUCACCAGCCUCUCCACCAGCCCACUGGUCAGGAGUCCGCCCGUCAAAGUCAGCGAGGCUCUGAGCGGCUCGUGGAAAGAGAACGGAUCCGGGGGUCCCUUCACUCCAUCCAGCAACAGCUCAUCGGGCGGCUACUGGAGCUGGUCGGCACCCAGCGACCAGUCCAACCCGUCCACGCCGUCGCCGCCUCUCUCGGCCGACAGCUUCAAGCCCUUCCGGGUGCCUGGCGGGGGCCCCCCCAAUGCGGGGCCCGAAGACCCCAGCCUGGAGGAGACGGAUGGAAGCAGCCUGCUCUUCGACGAGCCGAUACCACGCAAGCGCAAGAACUCCAUGAAGGUGAUGUUCAAGUGCCUGUGGAAGAACUGCGGCAAAGUGCUAAGCACCGCCGCCGGCAUCCAGAGGCACAUCCGCACCAUCCACCUGGGGCGCAACUGCGACUCAGACUGCAGUGACGGCGAGGAGGACUUCUACUACACAGAGAUCAAGCUCAACACGGACGCGGUUGCCGAGGGCCUGAGCAGCCUGUCGCCCGUGUCACCCUCCGUCCUGACCCCGCCUUCGCUGACGGACGGGGCCACGCCCCUUCCCCUGCCCCCGCCGCCGCCCUGCACCAAGGAGCCUCACUCUGGCAGCGCCACGCCGCUCAGCCGCUCUGCGCCCAGCGCGCUCUACCUCAUCCACGCCGACCACGCCUACCAGGCCACGGCUCCGGUGUCCAUCCCGUCCAACGGUGCGACAAACCCGGCAGCCUCUUACAGCUUCACGCCCACCAACGGCUCGGGUUUCAGCAUCUCCUGGCAGUCACCUCCCAUCACCUUCACCGGAAACAUGGUGUCACCCAGUAAGAGUCAGAGCUUCACCGAGCAGCGUUCCCAAACCAUCGCCGUCCUCUCGUCGCCACCCAGAGCCACAGCCGCCCUCAGUCGUAAAGUACGUGGCGAAGGCAAGAAGUGCCGCAAAGUGUACGGGAUGGAGAACCGCGACAUGUGGUGCACCGCCUGCCGCUGGAAGAAGGCUUGCCAGAGAUUUACCGACUAGAUGGACGUCGGGACCCGCCGAAACGGGGCGAGGAGCCUCGUUCUGCAUGCGUUCUCUCUUCACAUCAAAAAUCGCAACUGUCCAUCAAGCUCCAGCUCCGCCCCCAGUGCCGACAUCCCUCCAUCCCACAAGGUGGCGCCGAGCCAGGACGACGGUCCAUCAGUCCCACUUUUUGGAAAAGUGCAGCUAAAAAACUGUGUUCGGAAAAAUGAUACAUUUCUGAUGUUUUUUUGGGUUUUUUUUUUUUUUUUCUUCUUUUCUGUGUUUUGGAAAGUUUUUACAUGGAACGGCCCAGGAAAGGAAAAAAAACUUUGUUUUU